AUGUGUCAUAUGUCCUUGUUGAACUUUGUGCCUGCUGUGGGGGCCUUUCAUCUGGAGGUUGCUCUGAUUCCUACAUGUGUCAUAUUAACCCUGACGGCCCUGAAGGAUGGAUGGGAGGACUACAGGAGAGAGACGGCUGAUAACAGGAAGUUGGGCUUUGGGAUUGACAGUCUGCUGCUGAGGGGGUGUACCGUCAGAAACACAGACCACGCAGCUGGGUUCGUGGUGUACGCAGUCCAUAACUACAGACCCAGGUACAAACGCAGAAAACUGGAACGCAAGAUGAACAUGCACGUGCUCUUCUGUGUCAUUGUGCUCUUCUGCAUGUGCCUUAUAGGAGCGCUUGGUCAUUACAUCUGGCUGGAGUCAUUUCCCAGCAUGCCUCUCUUCCUGAUACCAGACAGCCAUGGUCAUCUGGACCCGCCCCCUCUGUCUAGCUUCUACAUGUUCUUGACUAUGAUCAUACUACUGCAGGUCCUGAUUCCCAUCUCCUUGUACGUAUCCAUUGAAAUUGUGAAGGCGGGUCAGGUGUUUUUCAUCACUAACGACAUAGACCUGUAUGAUGAAGGUAGAACCCUCAACAUCACUGAGGACCUGCGACAGAUUCACUACAUCUUCUCGGACAAGACUGGUACCCUCACCAUCAUGAGAACCGAAUAUGCACACAACAAGAAUGCCAACAUCCCCAGACCCAGGCUGGUAGUGGACAUUGCUGAUCAGCUAUACUACGAGGCAGAGAGUCCAGAUGAGACAGCCCUGGUGUACGCUGCCAAGGCGUACGGCUUCACCCUAUUGGCCCGUACCCCAGACAGCGUCACAGUGAGGUUACCUCACGGACAAGAGCUGACCUAUCAGGUGCUGGUCACCCUGACCUUUGACCCCAUCAGGAAGAGGAUGUCGGUGGUGUUGUGUCAUCCAAUCACCAGGGAGAUAGUGAUGUAUACCAAAGGGGCGGACUAUACAAUGAUGGAGCUUUUAGAGACUCCUUAUGCAGGUACAAUGAGAUAUUACCUGGGUUACAGGACCACAUUAUCACUUUACCACAGGUACAAUGAGAUAUUACCUGGGUUACAGGACCACAUUAUCACUUUACCACAGGUGCUUAGUAAGAAGGCCUUUGAGGACUGGUCCCUGGUGAGACAGGAUGCUGUGGCUGCCAUCAACAGCAGAGAGGAACUCCUUAUGGAGACAGCAAUACACCUGGAGACACACCUCACUCUGCUAGGGGCCACGGGUAUAGAGGACCGUCUGCAGGACAGUGUUCCUGACACCAUCAUGGCCCUGAGAGAGGCAGGGAUCCAGGUGUGGGUUCUGACAGGGGACAAGCCCGAGACGGCCGUCAACAUCGCCUACGCCUGCCGGACCAGGGAGAUCUACCCCUCCAUCGGCCUGGUGAUUGAUGGGCAUACCCUGGGCAUGGCUCUGGAAUCAGAUCUGGUGGAGCGGUUUGUGGAGCUCGCUUGGCGCUGCCGCUCUGUGCAAUGCUGCAGAGUCACGCCUUUACAGAAGAGCACCGUGGUUCGGGAGAGACUGAAGGUCAUGACCCUGGCUAUCCCCAGGAUGGAUCCAUGAGAAAUCCAAGCAGCUGAUGUCGGCGUCAGUAUAUCGGGACAGGAGGGCAUGCAGGCUGUCAUGUCCAGUGACUUCUCCAUCUGCUGUUUUAAACACAUGAAGAAGCUUCUCCUGGUCCACGGUCACUGGUGUUACAGCAGACUGGCUAACAUGGCCAUCUACUUUUUCUACAAGAAUGUGGUCGCUGUCAACUUCCUCUUCUGGUACCAGUUCUACUGUGGGUUCUCUGGCAUGACCCUGAUCCAAACAAACUUUGCCACAGAGACGCUGCUGGGCCUCCCAGAGCUGUACAGGAGUGGCCAAGGGUCAGAGGUCAGUGUUUAA